ACUGAUCCUAAUGCUAUGUAGUGGGAGAGGGAACGUUUGGGUUAUAUAAGCUAAAACAUAUUUUGACCAGUCUGUGAAUGAACACACACAUCUUAAAAAAAAAUAAAACAUUAAAAUCGCAAAAAGACUUGUUAAAAAGUAUCUGCCACCCCUCGCAAAAUGAACUCGGUGGUUAAUUCCUCAUUAAGGAGGUGUAGCUACGGCUGAAAGCUGGUGGGGUUGCCAAUAGGGAGAAGAUCAGACGCUGCGUAGUUUACUCUUCGCAAACAAAAAAGACAACGUUAUGAAAAUAGAAUAUCUACAUAUGUUCUUAUUAUAAAUGGAUGCUAACAAAAAAGCUGAUGGCAGACGUGGAAAUGAAUUAGAAGAAUGCGUUUCCAAGAAACGGCCAACUUUUUUCGGUCCUAACCAGUCAACACAUGGUUCUUCAGCUGAUUCUAAGCAAGAUCAGCCCCAUGGAUCCGGCUCCCCUGAUAUGAGCAGAAGUCGCAGAGCUCGAAAGAAGAGAGAGACCUUUCUUGGUGAGGAAAUAUCUCCUAAGAGAGGGAAGAAAUCGGCAUGGGCAGGACGAGCCACCGGAGACAGUAAAGAUUUCUGCUGCGACUUGUGCCGCUCCCCUUUUAUCACCAACCCCACCCGUCGUGGGAAUAAGUCAAAAGCCCCCCGUUCAGGCCCAGCACGCCCGCGCCGCAGAGCAGACCCCAGGACGGGAGAGACCCUUGUACUCUGCAACGCCUGUGGUCUUUCUUAUGGAAAGCCAAAGUGUUCCAAACCUGCAGAUCCCAUUGUGGAGCCCAGUGAUCGUGCCAGACAUGAACAAGAGCUGGAGGCCUUUGCUCAGUCCAUGGUGGAGUUGCUAGGAGACCAAGAUGCUAAGAGGCUUGCUUGUCCAGUGUAUUGGAAGAAGCCAUGUUUGUGUAUACAGAGCCAUAUUAAAGGCACAGGAGACGCAGAAGAUGGCUGCCACAGUCGUGCCCUGCAAAUCCUGGCUUUACUGAAGGAAGCUAAGGUUCUGAGCACCCAGAAGUGUUAUGACCUCAGCACUGUGCAGCUGCAAGGCAAAAUGAAAAAGCCAGUGGUAGGAUUGGGCAAUGGCCAAAGGAAAUCCAGGGAGUUUGAGGAGUUUGUGCUGACCAACCGGAAGGUGCUGAGGGAGGAGCUUAAACUCUGUGAGAGAGCCUGCCAGAGGAUUCUGGGAUAUUCUAAUAACUUUCUCCAUAAAAGGCUCAUAACAGAUCCUCAGAAGAAAGAGAGGAUUGAGAGGACUAAAGGGAAGAGAACACUUGGUCUACUCAAACCGAUUACAGAUCUCUGGAAGAAUCGCUGUUGCCUUGACAACUGUGUUGUGAUGGCGCACACCCACUGGCAACUGCUUCAGGAUUGGAGGGAGAGGGCACGGUCGGGGCAGGCAGAGGCCCGGAGAGUCCUGGCAGAAAUGCUGACACCAUCAGGUGGUGGAAGAUGCAAUUGUUAUAAAUUUAUCAUGUGGGUAACAGGCUGCAGUCAAAGCACCAUCAGCAAGGUCAGUGACCAGAUGAAGAAGACAGGGGGCAAAAGAGAGCCUCCACCUCAUGGUCUGAAGAAGUGGAUCAAGGAUAACCCAAGGCCUAAGAAGAAGGUAGCUAAGGCCGGUCCCCCUUUUCUGCUUACCAGUCUUCCACAACCCAGUGCAGGACUGCCAAUGACUGGUCCAGAACAGGGACUGAUCUCGGCUGCAGUCACCACAGAGGAAAGCCCAAACACUUUGUGUUCACAGGCAGGAAUGACGUCUGAGUCUGCAGUCUACAACAUCCCCUUGUGCAGCCCAGGACACACCAGGCCUGAGGAAGGGAUGCAGAAUAUACUGCUGACUGCUGUAACAGGCGACGGACAGGCCUCUUUUCACAAAUCUUGUCCUCAGUCACCCAUGCUAGAGUUUCACCAGUGUCCUGGCCAGCCCUUGUCGGUCCCCUCCCAGCGCCCUACACUGCUGGUGCAGAAAGGACCCUCGGCGUGUGUCCCUCAUGAUACACCUGUUGCCACCCCCACUCCUCACACUCUCACUACCAUGGCAACCUGCAGUUUGAUGAGUGGAGCCACUCAGCUGAUAUUGCAGGGGAUUGAGCAUGGUGGCACUGAAGGGACAGACAAGCUAGCUCCUGGGAGCCUGGAGUCUGUUGCUGCACUUCAAAGCCAGCCUCAUGUCCUGAAUGCAGAGAACAACUUGAGCCCCCUGGCUCAGGCCUCAGGAAUGGGGAUGGCUCAGCUACCCACUGGCACCCUACCACUGACCAGUCACAGUGCAGGUUUAAAGGGAACGCUGAAACCACCAAUGGCACCAAUGGAGAAUCAGUACCUCCUGUCUAGUGAAGAAGAUCAUUCAGUACUGUGGGCUCCUUGAUGUACCCUGAGAUGUUACUAACCAGAAGAAUUCUGGGUAGUGCAUGAAGACGAUCUGCUCGGCAGCAUCUCGGGAAUGAAGCCAAUCUUUCUGCCCAGAGGCACCUUGCACAGAAGCAAAUGUCACGAAUUUUGUCAUUUAUACAUCUAUCAUGGGCCUUAAUGUGCUGAGUGAGUUACAGAAGUGAUGUCAUCUCCUUCUAACAUCUAGGUCAGAGGAGACCCCUAAAAACUGGGACUGAAUCCAGAGCUGCCCUCGUCAGAUUUACAGAAGUCGUCCUCUUAAAAGUCUUAAAGAGAUGUGGGCUUUAUCACCACCAAGAAGUCUGUAAUAGUUUUUUUUCAGAGUUCAGAACCACCCCUGGUAAAAUGACCACCGGUGCCCCUAAUCUAGAGAAACCAAAAGGGGUGAAAGCAUGGCAGAAGACUUUUCUUGAUAUAUAGUUUGAGUGUAUACAAUCUGAUUUUUUCUGUAAAAAAUCUUUAAAGCAAUUACCACAAAAAUGUGUUGUAUUGGUUUCAUUGAUGUACGGACAAUACAGCCAAAGUAUUAGCUUUUCAAUCUUUUGCCAAUGUGAAAAGACACUUUUUAGGUGUUAUGUGUGGAGAAUGUGCUUGAAUUUAUACAUUGUUUUUUUUCAUCUAUGGACAAUGUAGUUUUGUUUAGUGAAUUCAGUGAAGAAUCAUCCUGGACUGUUAGGUAUAGCCAAUGACUUGUAUCGAGAACCCAAAGACACCGUUUUACAAAAAAGUAAUUUAAUAUACUGUAUGCAAAAUAUUUUUAAUCAUUAAAGACGUAUU